CCGCAGCAGUCCCCUCGUACCGCGGCUCGUCUUCCUCCUCGCGCGAGCGCCGCCACCCCUCCCCACCCCGCGCUGCCUAGCGCCCAACCCCCUAGCUCGUCUUCCUCCUCGCGCGAGCGCCGCCCCCCAUCCCUCCCGCGCUUCCUAGCGCCCAGCCCCCUGGCCCGUCUUCCUCCUCGCGCCAGCGCCUCCGCCGCAGAUGGCUGGAUAUAUGUCAAGAGGACCCCCAAAUGGUUCUAUUUAUGUAUGCAAUCUGCCUCCUGGAACUGAUGAGACCAUGUUGGCUGAAUAUUUUGGUACUAUAGGGUUGCUAAAGAAGGACAAAAGGACUGGGCAUCCAAAAAUCUGGAUAUACAGGGACAAAGUUACAAAUGAACCAAAGGGUGAUGCAACAGUCACCUAUGAGGAUCCACAUGCUGCUUCAGCUGCCGUGGAAUGGUUUAAUAAUAAAGAUUUCCAUGGAAGCAUCAUUCAGGUUCACAUAGCUGAGUCAAAAAGCAAGGAUACAUUUGAUAGCUCCACGAAUUUGAGCAUCACAGCUGACCUUGGUGGACAAGAUGAAUUAGAUAAUGGGUCAGGCAGAGGUAGGGGACGUGGUGAUGGUCCAGGAAAAGCUUGGCAGCAAGAUGGUGAUUGGCAAUGUCCAAAUACAAGCUGCGGCAACGUAAAUUUUGCCUUCCGUGGUGUCUGUAAUCGCUGCGGAGCCUCUCGCCCUGCUGGUGUUAGUGGAACAGGUGCUGGAGGUGGUAGGGGUAGAGGUCGUGGCAGCCAUGAUUCAAAAGGAAGCAGUAAUGCUCCUGCUGUUGGUGGUCCUCCUGGGCUGUUUGGUCCUAAUGACUGGCCAUGUACGAUGUGUGGCAACGUAAACUGGGCAAAGCGGACUAAAUGUAAUGUUUGUAACACCACUAAGCCAGGUCAUAAUGAAGGCGGUGUGAGAGGUGGCCGGGGUGGUGGCUAUAAAGAACUUGAUGAAGAAGAACUAGAAGAAGUUAGAAGGCGCCGAAAAGAAGCUGAGGAGGAUGAUGGGGAGAUUUAUGAUGAAUUUGGUAACCUCAAAAAGAAGUUCCGUGUUAAAUCACAGCAAACUGAAAGUGCACCUACUCUUCCUGGGUCUGGACGUGCUGGAUGGGAAGUUGAGCAACGUGGUUCAACUGAAAGAGAAGGCCGAGAGAGGAGCAGGGAUCGGGGCAGGGAUGAUUAUGCUGAAAGGGAGAGCAGAAACAGAGACAGAGGUGGUCAUGGAAGAGAGCGGCGUCGUAGCCGAAGCAGAGAACGGGAGAAGGAGAGGGGGAGGGACAGGGGACGAGACCAUGGCAAUGAUAGAAGUUGGGAGCGUGGCUCUGACCGUGACCGUGAUCGUUACAGAUGAAAGAUACGGCAGGAUUUUUCACAUGUUUGUGUGGUUACAUUUCCCACCAUUUUUUGUUUUCUGAAUCUUUUGUUACGCUGAUGGAGAGCCUUGGCGCAUCACACUUUGUUAUUAACUUGGGAUGUUCAUUAUUAUUGAGUGUAUCAGGCUGGUACUUCCUUUUUUA